CCGCCAUUUUGUAAGACGAUCACAACUUUUUAAUAACCAGGGUAGAGAGGGUGACAGAAUUUGCCAGCUGCUGUAAACACGGGGAUGAUGUCGAAUGCACAAAGACCUACAGCUGUGACAAGAGUGAUACCAAUCCCCAAAGACAAAGUUGGACACGUCAUAGGAAGGAGAGGAUCAAGAAUACGGGAAAUAAGAGAGCAAACCGGGGUCCAGAUAUCCAUUAAUAAAGAAAAUCAAGCGCACUUAAGAGGCACGGUAGAACAAUGUCAAAAUGCAGAGAAGAUAAUUGAAGAAAUCCUGACGGGUGCCCAUGGCGACGAAAAAGGCGGAUAUAAGAAGCUCCACCUUGAUAUACCUGAGAAAUUCAUGGGUAUCGUCAUCGGGAAAGGAUAUGAGACGUUGAACUAUAUCUCGACUAAGACUGACGUAACUCUAAGAGCUUUUAGGGGCAGCCCUGGCUUGUACUUUAAAGGAUCGAGUGAGAACGAAAAGAAAGCGAUACGAGAAAUAAAGGCCAUUGUGAAUCUUGCAAUGAAACGUUCACGGUGCGUUGAGCCUCCUGCAAGGUUUGUUUACGUGGACACUGCUCAGCUGGAAGAAAACUACGAGUUUGAGCUACAGAAGCUACAAUUAGAUCAAGUGGACUCUGGACGGAAGUCCUUCCAAUUGAAGCUACUGGAACAUCCUCUACAAGAGGAAACAGCUGAUUUUGCUGACACAGACAGUCUUAGUGAAAAGAUCCGCGGAGUUUUAGGGCAAAUUCACAAAGAGAGGGAGGAAGGGGGUAUGGUUAGGAUAGACAUGUGGAGUCAUUUCGGCCACGUUUAUAUAACCGCGAUUGAUGAAGAAGAAGAAGAAGAGACUUUUACUCUGAAGGAGAUCAAAGAAAAAAUUGAAUCUACGGAUGGCAAGAACUGGAAGCCGUUCUUCAAGGAAGGCGUCAAGAGGAUAGAAGUUGAAGCAAUUGAGAAGGGCCUGGAAUCUAACACGGCAACUGAAGAUAUCAGAUAUGACUUCACAUUCUACACUCCUUCUUGCCGAGAUAUUCGUGUUAAGGCAUGGUUGGUGAAGGAACAUUCUGAGGAAGAGGGUACUGCAGCUCCUUCGCUAGUAUUCUCUCGCAGUGCUCCUAUUACCGUCAAAAACGUCCUGACUCGCGUGUUAUCUGAAGACAAGACCGGAAGUACAUCGAACGAACCAUGCUUCCAUAUGUGCUCACAGUUUCAACAAAGAAUGAGAGCAGACAUUUUGAUACCCUCCAAAGGAUUUGACUGUCGUUUGUCGAUACGAACAUGUCCAAAUAUUCCGCAGACGCCAGAAGCUGAAGAAGAAGACAGAAUUCUGGAAAGUUACUUAAUCAACAUGAAGAUUGAUCAAGGUCAGCUGAAGCUGCCACCAAACUCCGAGCUUCCAGACGGGUUUGAACUUUUUUACCACCGCCGCAGCCUAAGGAAAACAUACCAAUGCCAAACGCCGGAUGGAGAGCAGUUUGCUUUGACUAUUUGUAAGGACCAAGCUAAAGACGUAAAUACUGAUCACACUGAUGUAUGGAGCUUCGACGAAACAGAAGUAAAGACAGACAUUCAUGUGCAUUGUGAAGAAUGGGAUAAAGCUUUAGAAGAAGGAGACUGGGAGCCAGAGCAGAUCGUUGCUAAGCUACCGACGUUCCUAAAGUUUCUGAGACAAGUUCAGUCACACGUGGCCCCAAAUAAAGAGGCCCAUGGAGACGAAUUUUAGCCAACAGCGGUUGAAGAGCAAGAUUAAAUUUACAAUACUUUUAGAGAUCAAGUGUUGAAAUGUGAUAGAGUAACUAAGUGUGAGUGCUGUUCAAUUCUACGGCCCAAGAAGAAAGAAGUCAUUAUCAUGCUUCGCAUCACGUGUUCAGUGCAAGAAAGCAACGAAACAACUUUGUGGAUUGUGAAUAUUCUGAGUGCCUGAUGGACCGCAGAAAGCCCAUUUUCUUUGCAUUUGUAAAUACAAACAAAUGAAUUGAUAGCAAGAAACGCUCUGCUCUUUGGGAAAGAGCAGUUGCUACUAAGAGAAACUCGACUACGCUCAUUACCGAUCUUGAGAACUGAAACCACUUUGGUUAUCGUUCCUGUUGUACGAGCAACGCCGUUUGCAAAUUGAUCUUAAGUGAAUUUACAUUUCAUUUAGAUUUCUGUAUCACGAGGCAAACUGUUUAUUGCUGUUUUAUGUGAAACUAUCCGAAGAAUUGUUAGCAAUCAUUCAAGUGAAGUAUCCCCUUUCAGGGAUGUAGAUUCAGGUAAGAUAUUCAUUUGUUUGGCAUUGAUUUAGUCAUGUAGCAUAAACUACAAUUGAUUUAUUUACCUUUCAGUUGAGUGUCAUUUAUCAACAAGAUCAUUUAGUUUGUGGGACGCUUAUUUCAAAAUGGAAAUGUCCUUAGUGCAAGGUUGAUCGUUUAUUUGAGUACAUUAUCGAAACAGGCUAAGCUGUAUUUAUAAUUAUGUAAAACAUUCUUUAGACAUAAUAUCUGCAAUAAAAGAAGA